AUGUUCUUGCGAGCACGCGCGCCAUUAGACACAGCCGCAGGCCGCGAGACGGUUGACUCGGUUCGCUGAGGAGAAAAUCCAGCGAGAAUCGCGCUUCUACCUCUCGCAUUUAAAUGUCUAUCGAUUGACGCUCGCCAUCCACAAUGACGUCCAGCACCAGUGUGAUCCAGGUGACGAACGUGUCGCCGAGCAGCACCGCGGAGCAGAUGCGAAUCCUGUUCGGCUUCAUCGGAACCAUCGACGAGCUCAGACUCUUUCCUCCAGAUGAUUCUCCCUUGCCUGUGACUUCACGUGUGUGUUUUGUAAAGUUCGCCGAGCCGGAGUCCGUCGGAGUGUCCCAGCAUCUGACCAACACGGUGUUCGUGGACCGAGCCCUGAUCGUCGUCCCGUUCGCCGAAGGAGUGAUUCCUGAAGAAUCCAAGGCUCUGUCACUGCUGGCUCCAGCCAAUGCCGUCGCAGGAUUGCUGCCCGGAGGCGGGCUCCUCCCGACACCCAACCCCGUCCCAUCUAUGGGUGGUGUUUCUCUUGGAGGUCUUGGAGGGCCGAACUUGGACCCCAUGGCAGCUCUGGCCCUGGCGGCACCCAAUAUAAACACUCAGGCUUUGUCAGCCGAGCAGCUUAUGAAGCUUAUGGCAUCCAUAGACCCCAAACUGAAUCAUCUGGCCUCGGGGCUCAACCUGAGCUCUGGACUGAAGGCAGACUCCAACAAAGAGAUCGAAGAAGCCAUGAAGAGAGUGAGAGAAGCGCAGUCUCUGAUCUCCGCCGCCAUCGAGCCCGGAAGUAAGAAGGAUGAUAAACGCAAGCACUCCAGGUCCAGAUCCCGGCGCAGGAGGUCCAGGUCCCGCUCCAGACACAGGAGGUCGAAGAGUCACUCCAGACGCAGAUCUGGCUCCAGGAGCAGGAGGAGGUCCAAGAGCCCCAGGAGGAGGAAGUCUCACUCCAGGGACCGCGGUAGACGCUCCAGGUCCAGAGAUCGGAGGAAGGAUGACAAGAACAGAAAACGUUCAAAGACUCCACCCAAGAGCUACAGCAGCGCCAGACGCUCUCGCAGCUCCAGCCGCAAACGGCACAGGAGAAGUCGCAGUGCAUCUCGAUCACCGAAGAAGUCACGAUCUCCCAAGAGGAAACUUUCCCGCUCACCGUCUCCUCGCAGACACAAGAAAGAGAAAAAGAAAGACAAAGACCGUGAGCGAGACCGGAAGGAUGACUGGGACAGAAAUCGGGACAAAAGAGAACGUUCCGACACCAAGAAGAGCAAAGACAAGGACCGAGACAGAGACAGGAAGUCCGACAGCGAGAAGGGAGAUGUGAAGGUGACCAGGGACUACGACGAGGAGGAGCAGGGCUACGACAGCGAGCACGAGAGGACCUCCAACGCCGUCUCGUCGUCGCACGCUAAAGAGCUCCGAGCGGACAGCGCAGGCCGCGGAGAGUCAGACGGACACAGUGAAGACCAGCGAGACGAAGACAUGGACAUGAGCGACUGAAG